AUGGCUUCGCAUUUGGCUAACAUCUUCGGGACUGAGCAAGAUCGAGUGAACUGCUCAUUCUAUUACAAGAUUGGAGCCUGCCGUCAUGGCGAUCGUUGCUCGAGAAAACACAUUAAACCUCCCUUCUCUCAGACAAUUCUUCUCCCCAACGUUUACCACAACCCUGCCCACGACCCGGUCUGCAAACUGACCGAAAAGGAGCUGCAGGAGGGAUUUGAUGCAGUUUACGAGGAUCUAUAUUGCGAACUAGCAAAGUUCGGCCAUUUACUGGAGCUUCAUGUCUGUGACAAUGUUGGGGACCACUUGAUUGGCAACGUUUAUGCAAGGUACGAAUGGGAAACGGAGGCGCAAGCUGCUGUUGAUAACUGCAACGAACGUUGGUAUGCAGGCCGACCGCUCUACGCUGAGCUCUCGCCUGUUACCGACUUCCGCGAGGCCUGUUGCCGUCAAAAUGAGAACGGAGAAUGCAACCGUGGUGGCUUCUGCAACUUCAUGCACCUCCGGCUGCCUUCGAAAGACCUGUUGUCUUCCCUGCGGGUGGGCCAGAGGCUGGAGAGAAGGCUAAAUCCUACCAAGAACGACGGGGGAGGUGGAGGCUGGGAGCCAAGCAGACGUGAGGGAGGGCGUCAAAGGAGUGCCAGUCCACCUAGACGAGGAGAUAAUCUCGGCGAGGACCGUUGGACAAGGAAGUGA